AUGGGCCUGCCUUGGGCCGCCUCUGCCCGCGGCCUGGCCUGGGGUCCCCUUGCGCUGGGCCUCUGCGGGCUCCUGGUGGCAUCCCAGCCCCAGCUGACGCCCCCAUACCACUCGGAGAGCCAGACCUGCAGGGACCAGGAGAAGGAGUACUAUGAGUCCAAGCACCAGAUCUGCUGCUCCCGCUGCCCGCCAGGCACCUAUGUCGCCACUAAAUGCAGCCGCGACUCAGACACGGUGUGCGCCACGUGCCCCGAGAAUUCCUACAACGAGUACUGGAGCUACCUGUCCCACUGCCAGAUGUGCCGCCCCUGUGACCACAUGAUGGGCCUGGAGGAGGUCGCCCCAUGCACCGGCCAACGGAAGACCCAGUGCCGCUGCCAGCCAGGAAUGUUCUGUGCCGACAGGGGCCCGGACUGCAACCACUGCGAGCUGCCUCCCGACUGCCCGCCGGGCACUGAAGCCGAACUCAAAGACGAAGUUGGGGAGGUCACCGGCCACUGCGUCCCCUGCAAGGCGGGACACUUCCAGAACACCUCCUCGCCCAGCGCCCGCUGCCAGCCCCACACCAGGUGUGAGGACCAGGGUCUGGUGGAGGCAGAUCCAGGCACUACCCAGUCUGACACAAGCUGCCGAAGUCCAUCAGAGUCACGGUUCCCCGAGGCGCCAGGGACGAUGCUGAUGCUGGCGGUCCUGCUGUCGCUGGGCUUCUUCCUGUGCCUCGCCACCGUCCUCGCCUGCGCCUGGAAGAGCCACCCCUCUCUCUGCAGAAAGCUGGGAUCCCUGCUCAGGAGGCGACCAGAGGGACAGGAGUCCAAUGCCGCGGAUGCGAGCUGGGAGCCUCCAAAGGCCAACCUGCACUUCCCGGACCUGGUGGAGCCACUGCUGCCCAGCUCCGGGGAUGCGUCCCCAGCCUCCAGCGGGCUCCCCAUGACCCCAGUUUUGGAGCCGGAGGUGCUGCAGCAGCAGAGCCCCUUGGGCCUCCCCAGGGAGCUGCAGCCUGAGCCCGGGGAGCAGGGCCCGGUGACUCCCGGGACCAAGGGCAUUCAUGUCACCGGCGGGUCCAUGACGAUCACCGGGAACAUCUACAUCUACAAUGCACCCAUGCUCGGGGGAGCACGGGGCCCCGGAGACCCCCCGGUUUCCCGAGACCCCUCAUACCCCAUUCCCGAGGAGGGCGACUCUGGGCCUCCCGGGCUUUCUACCCCAUGCCAGGAAGAUGGCAAAGCUUGGCACCUAGCUGAGACGGAGCACUGGGGUGCCACGCCCUCCCACCAGGGCCCAAGCAGCCAGUUUGUCACCCAGGCCUGA